AAUUACAUUACAAUUAAUUCAUUUUCUUCACAAAUGCAGUUAAAAAUGAAUAAUACAGAUUCAUCAUCACCAUCGACGUCCGAAGGACAAUCACUUUUGGCGCCACAACAAACAUCAAUGGAUUAUAAUUCUGGUGAAACAUCAACAUCGUCGAAUACAAGAAAAAAAAUGUAUACAACCGUACCGAUAUCACGUGUAAAUGUUAUAAUGCGUUCAUGUCCAAAUUUGACCACAGUUAAAAAUGAUGCCAUUGCUUUAACAUCACAAGCGGCAGAAUUAUUUAUACAAGAUUUGGUUAAAAAUACCUACAAAUUAAGUCCAGAUAAAGAAAACCUUACUUAUAAUAUUCUAUCAGAUUUCAUAGCCAAAUCUAAAUAUUCAUUUUUACGUGAAGCCAUUCCACAGAGAAUAACUGUUCAACAAUAUGAAGAAUUGAAACGAAAACAUGAAAAUGAAAACAACAAUGAUGAUGGUGACGAUAAUGAUGAAGAAGUCGAUGACGACGACGACGACGAUGAUGAUGAUGAUGAUGAUGAUGAAGGGGAAGAG